AUGACUUUCUUUGAAACUCUAAUAGUACAGAACAUAUUCCCUCCAAGUCUUAAUGAUCCAAAUGUCAUAUUAAAUGAGCUUCCAAGACAUUUUAAUUCACAGUCUGUGACUGCAUAUGGAGUAUUUAAAAUGAAUGUACAUAAGGAAGCACAAAGACUCGGAGUCGGCAAUAAUACUGAAAUAAAUGCUGUAGUGAGCAAAAUGUGGAACAGCGCAUCUCCAGCUGACAAAAACCAAUACUGUGUUUUAGCUUCAGCUACGACUGCGGUGUUGCCGAGAAGGUUCCCGUUUUUUGAAAUUCAAUAUGCUAAUAUUAUAUGGGGAUAA